AUGGGCGGAACCACUUUCGACUACCAGUUCACGGGCGAGGCCUUCCAGGGCAAGGUCAACUUCCCCACUGGCGUCUUUAUUAACAACGAGUGGUCUGACGGCGGCAACGGAGAGACCAUCGACGUCAUCAACCCCACGAAUGGCAAGACGAUCACCAAGAUCUCACAGGCCGCCGCAUCCGACGUUGACCGCGCCGUCAAGGCCGCUCGCAAGGCGCUGAACGAGACUUGGGGUCUCAAGUGCCCCGGUUCCGAGCGUGGCAAGCUUAUGACCAGGCUCGCUGACCUUAUGGACUCGCACUAUGACGAGCUUGCCGCCGUCGAGGCUCUCGAUAACGGCAAGACGUUCUCGUGGGCGAAGAAUGCCGAUCUCGCCAUGUCCGUGGGCACGAUUCGCUACUACGCCGGCUGGGCAGACAAGAAUCAGGGCAAGACCAUUGAGACGAGCGAGUCCAAAGUUGUCUAUACGCGCCACGAGCCUAAGGGAGUGUGCGGACAGAUCAUCCCAUGGAAUUUCCCGCUGAUGAUGAUGGCCUGGAAGCUCGGUCCGGCUCUCGCGACCGGCAACACCAUCGUUCUGAAGCCCUCCGAGUUCACGCCAUUGACAGCUUUGUACAUGACAAAGCUUAUCAAGGAGGCUGGCUUUCCAGCUGGUGUCGUUAACGUUCUUGUCGGUUACGGCCACACUGUCGGCUCGGCGAUCUCUGAGCAUCCCGAUAUCGACAAGGUCGCCUUCACCGGCUCCACCCUCGUCGGUCGCAAGAUCCAGGAGGCGAGCGCACGCACGAACCUCAAGGAUGUCACUCUCGAGCUGGGCGGCAAGAGCCCGAACGUCAUCUACGACGACGCGGACUUGGAGCUCGCCGUCAACUGGACUUCGCACGGUAUCUUCUGGAACCACGGCCAGGCGUGCUGCGCAGGCUCCCGCAUCUUUGUUCAGGAGGGUAUCUACGACAAGUUCCUCGACGCUUUCACCAAGAAGGCUCUCAGCCUCAAGCUCGGCGACCCGUUCGCGAACGACUCGUACCAGGGCCCGCAGGUCUCGCAGCUUCAGUACGACCGCAUCAUGGAAUACAUUCAGUCCGGCAAGGACGAGGGCGCGACGCUCACCACUGGUGGCGAGCGCCACGGUACUGAGGGCUACUGGAUUAAGCCCACUAUCUUCACCGACUGCAAGCCUGACAUGCGUAUCGUCCGCGAGGAGAUCUUCGGCCCAGUCGGUGUUGUGAUCAAGUUCAAGGACGAGGAGGACGUUCUCCACCAGGCGAACGACACCGUUUACGGUCUUGCCGCCGCCGUGUUCUCACAGGACAUCACGCGCGCUAUCUCAACCGCGCACAGGUUGCACGCCGGCACUGCCUGGAUCAACUGUGUCAACCAGCUGCACCCGCAGGUGCCGUUCGGCGGCUUCAAGCAGUCGGGUAUCGGUCGUGAGCUCGGCGAGUACGCGUUGGCGAACUACACGAACGUCAAGGCUGUGCACAUCAACCUCGGCCAGAACAUCUGA